AUGAUUGAAAAAAACAAGAAUGAAGAAUUGAGAGAAGUUGAGGAGAAAAAUCAUGUUGAAACUGGACAAAAACCCUUGAGCUGCUCUCAAACCAAACAGAAAGAUUUAAAGAAAAUAAGAGCCAAUAAAUCUUUUACCUGCACUCAGUGUGGAAAGAGUUUGAAAAACAAAUUUAGUCUUGAGCGUCACAAGAGACUUCAUAUUGGAGGGAAACGGUUCACUUGUGAUCAAUGCGGGAAGAGUUUUGCACAAUUGUCGCACCUUAAUUAUCACAUAACCAUCCACACUAGUGAAAAAACAUACAAGUGCUCACACUGUGACAAGAGAUUCAGUCAUUCGGAACACCUGAAAACGCAUGAGAGGAUCCACACUGGAGAGAAACCGUACAAGUGUUCACACUGUGACAAGAGAUUCAGCUGGUCAGGAAUCCUGAAAAAACAUGAGAGGAUUCACACUGGAGAGAAACCGCACACAUGUGAUCAGUGCGGGAAGAGUUUCACACUAAAAAGACAGCUUACAGAGCAUAUUAGAGAUCAUACUGGAGAGAAACCAUUUACAUGUGAUCAACGUGGGAUGAGUUUCAUAAAAUCAGCAUAUCUUAAGAAACACACGAAGAUCCACACUAGUCCUAAACUUUACACAUGUGAUCAGUGCGGGAAAAUGUUUUUGAGAGCUUCAGUCCUGAAGCAGCACCUGAGAGUUCAUACAAAGGAGAAACCACAUUCAUGUCAUUUGUGUGGAAAGCGCUUUCCAUGUCUGCAAUAUUUGAAAGUACACCAUAAAAUACACACUGGUGUGAGAGAGUACAUGUGCUUUGAGUGUGAAAAGACUUUUACUACAGCAAACUGUUUAAAACGGCAUGAGAGGAUCCACACUGGAGAAAAACCUUACAAGUGUUCACACUGUGAAAAGAGAUUCAGUGAUUCAGCAAAUCAGAAAAGACAUGAGAGGAUUCACACUGGAGAGAAACCUUAUAACUGCACUGCAUGUGGGAAGUGUUUCAAUAAUUCAUCUGCUUUAAACAGACAUAUAAAAAACAAUCACAGUAAGUAGAUCAACUUCAGAUCUGAUGCUGCCUUCACUUAAAAUGUUAAAAUGUGACACAAUAAUGAA